GAGGAGGGGGGGAGUGGGUUAAUGAAUGAGUGUCACACAGAGAAGAGCAGGUGGAGGUACCGAAACCUAGACAUGUGUAUGUUUGUUUCUAUGUACGCUUAAACAUGCACACACACACACAUAAACCCUCAUACACACACACUCAUACAGUCAUGUCAAGUCCAAUUCACAAGUAUACCAAACCCGAGCACACACAACCACACAGAAAUUCUUGUAUAAGAAGAACAAGCGAGAAGCAGCCGGCAUGUGUAGCAGGAAACUCUCACACUCUCUCUCUCUCUCUCAUACACACAACAGACACACACGCACAUACACACGUACACACUCACACACACACUCACACACACACACACGCGCGAGCACACGCCGUCCGCCCCCUCGCCAGUACGCACUAAAUGGUCGCAACGCGCAGACGCACCACCACCUCCUCCUCCUCUUCCUCCUCCUCCUGACCGAGUGCGUCCGUCCGUCCGCUUGUUCCCUCCACUGAAGGAACCCUUACCGCUACCACGCCGCUACCACACCGCUACCAACGCCGCUACCACACCGCUACCACGCCGUUAACCACUGAGCUGCCACGUCGGAAAGAAAUCGUUUCUUGUUUUGGUAUUUUUGGAGAAAAAAAAAUCUUUUCCGUGCGGAGGAGAAGAGCGAGUGUUGUGAGAAGGAAAGUGAGAGUGAAGAUGGAGAUGGUUAGUGCUUAGAGAGAGAGAGAGAGAGAGAGAGAGAGAGAGAGAGAGAGAGAGAGAGAGAGAGAGAGAGAGAGAGAGAGAGAGAGAGAGAGAACGAGGACAAAAGGAAGGAGAGAAAACGAGCCGGGCCGAAAGAUAAGGGAGACGGAGAAGAAAUACAAAGGAAAGAAGGGAAGAAGAAAGAAGAGGAAGAAGCAGACGAACCACCGAAAGAAAAUCAAGAAAAAGAAAUCAAAGGAGAAGGAAAAACAGAGAAUAACGAAAGAGAAAGAGAGAGAGAGGAAAGAAAUCCAGUAAUACCAGUGAGAGGAAAAAGAGAGAGAAACAGAACUAGUGUGAGAAGAGAGAGAGAAAAAAAGACAGAGGAUAAAAGAGAAGAAAGAAAACAAAUAAUACCCAAGAGAGAGAGAGAGAGAGAGAGAGAGAGAGAGAGAGAGAGAGAGAGAGAGAGAGAGAGAGAGAGAGAGAGAGAGAGAGAGAGAGAGAAGGGGGCGUGCACAUCCUACCUCGAGACCGCGUGUAUGACAGUCUUCGGCUUGAGACCAGAAUGACUUGACGUGAUCGCCCUCCUCGUGCUAAGUGCGCAUAGAAAACAAGGGAAAUAAACAAACAAGAAAAAAAAGGUGAUACAAAUAUAAAUAAGAGGAAAGAGAGAGAGAAAGAGAAGAAGAGAAGUUGAAAGUCUCGAAAGAAAGAAAAGGGAAACGAGAAUCGGAAAGAAAAAAUAGGAAAAAAUUAUAGAUAUAUGCAUAGAGAGAGACUCAGGAGAUGAUACCCAGAAAACAUGUGUAGUGUUUUAAUGCCCAAGCUGAUAAGCUGACACCGAGGAACUCUGAGCGUGCUGUCUCCGUACGUACCUCCCCCCCACCCCCCUACUCCCACACGUUAGGCGUGGGCGUGGGCGUGUUGCAGAAUGGAUAGCGGGGAUGGUGCAUCGCCUCUCGAUCUGUACGGGCACAUGGGCGCUGAGGGAGGCGUCGGGGGGGGCGCCCCUGGUGUCUCGUCCACCUCCAGUCCCGGUUUCCUCAUGGACUCAUGGGUGCAUCAGCUAUACGAGCAGGUGUGCAUGAUGAGCGGCGGGGGAGGGCCCGGGGACGGAGAAGGGGUUGGCGGAGUAGGCCACAUCAAGCAGGAAGAUGGAGGCUAUAGUGUGACGCCCACCACCACCCACCACCACCCACGGGCGCGCCAACCCUCGUGUUCCUCGCCCAACACCACGGCCGUGUAUUCCCCCUCCACGACGGGCAUCACCUCCGAGGUAAGUACAGUUGUUGUCUGUUACGUUGUGGUGCUAGGGACGAGGUGAUUCGUUUUCCAUUAAGGGUAUAACGUGAUCUCGUGUUGUG